AUGAUUUCAGAUCUAUCUAGUCUGCAUUGUGACUUUUCACCAUCAAGCCAUGGUUCACAUGGCCAAAGGCAUUCCGGGAUCACCACGCCAGGAUCCUCGGCAGACGAGCAACAUGCAUAUGGUGUAUUAGCUCAACAGAAUUUGAAUCUGAUGAAACUUGGCCCUUAUCCUGCUGUACCCCCUUCAGAGUCGACGGCAGUUUGUUUUCAUGAAGGAGCUCCCGACAAAUUUCAUACCUGUCCCCAUCCAUACCAUUCAUCGUAUCAUGAAGGGAACCUGCCUCUUAUUCUUUUCAGGCUGGAGCCCUAUGAGGCGGAUGCUCCCUUAAAACCACUUGGGCAUUUAGUUGAAGGAGGCCAGACGGUUCUUGACUAUCAAGGAACUCCAAUUCGAAACUUUUCAUUUUUGCCACGAUACAUUUCUGUGCGCCCUUCUGGGUGGCUCAUGGAGUUUUGGAUGCGUUCAGACUCUCGCCUCACUUACAGGGAUAUCAAAGCUCGCAUGCCAGUUGCUAAAGAGGAACUUCCCUCGGACAACGUUCUGAACAUGAGGCGUGAACGGGACGCUCGCAAACCAUUAGGCUUGUCUUGUUGGACCGCUCGGCGUGGUGGUGUUACUCGAGCUGAAAUUGAGCGUGUAGAGCUACUUUGCCCCGAGAAUAUCACGUAUAACACCGCUUUGAAGGUUAGACAUGAUGUUCAGCCUCCAGUUCUCGAGUCGAAAUCCUUAUACCCAAGCGUUCCCUCACAUUUUUACCCUUUGGAUUCGUUUUUGGAUAGCGGCCGCAUCCAUGCCCCUGGUCGUCGUUUGAAUGAUGGCAUGCAACUUCUGUUUUCGUUGCAAGACUCUGCUAUCGAACUCGGAAUAGAGCAUUGGAGGUCCUUACCGGAGAGCAAGCUGCCCGACUGGUGGAUCGUUAAAGGAAAAGGAAGUGAGCGGGCUCGGAGCCAAGGACCAUUUGCGAAAUCCGCCAUCCAAACUCCUAAAUCAGCAAGAACACGGAUGAACUGGAAAACUCCCCAAAAACCUGCUUCAUCAAAAACCCACAGCAGGCAAGACUCCGUGGAAAUGACGCCAGUGAAUAGCCAAAUGAUGACCCCGUUAUCAACACCAUUAUUUGAUAGCGGUUUGUUUGAAGUGACAACCCCUAUUCAACAAACUGGCUCUCACAAAGUGAUUUUGGGCGAGGAGAUCGUGGGCUACUCCUCGCCACUCGACAUAUAUCAAACGAUGCCGGGUUUCCAACAUGCACAAACGCCCUCUAAAAGUAGACUGAGCCAACAAGAUGUUGAAAUGAGUAUGAGCUCUUAUCAGUCCCCUACCGAACCCACCCAGGUUCAAGACGCCCAUCGUGCUCUUUUUGCCGCGCUUCAGGGGUCCUUCGAUGCCAUAGAUGAUGACCCCUAUUUUGAUAUAUUUCCUCGGCCGCAAAAUAAUAUCGAUUACUCUGCCCAUUUCGGAGAUCUUGCAAUGCAGGUGUUCCAGCAUAAUCAAACCUCCUAUGUCCAUUCUACCCCUAACGAGGUCAACAUCUCCGAGAUGUAUCCGUUCAACGGCCACAUCGAUACCUCGGUUCGUCAGAACCAAGGACACGUGCUCCACACCAAUAUGGGCGAGAUCAUGAAUCGCAACAACCCUUUCGGCAUGAUGGGAGAAAAUGGCGGCCUUAUGUCCCCGCGGCGGUCGUUUGAAACUUUCCUCGCUGAGGAUCUCCCAUUUUGA